UCUCCCCUUGCAGAAAUGCCACGUUCUCUUCCUCCCCUCCAUCUCCUCCUAUUGCUUGGAACAUUGGGAGGGUGGGCCACACCAACAAGCGCAAAGACUCUCAGAAUCGGCGUCCCAGCAAAAUCUCCAUACCCCCCAGUAUGUGGCCGUAAAAUGCAAGACUUCGAACGAGACAUGUUUCAGCGGCCAUGCCAUCGACGUCUUCCGGUUGGUCUGGAAGAAUCUAUACAACAAGACUACGAGUUCAUUCCUUACGAAGGCCACUACGAUACUUUGAUCGACCGAGUUGUUUACAAGAAAUUGGAUACGGUGGUGGGUGAUACGUCUAUCGCAGCCAACCGAACUCGGUACAUGGAAUACUCCCGACCUUACACGCAAACAGGAGCAAGAAUGGUGGUGCUUGAGAAGCGAGAAGUGCAAGCUUGGAUAUUUGUAAAGCCUUUCACGGGAACAUUGUGGGUAGCGACAGGGGCCUUUUUCUUGUACAAUGGUAUAAUCGUGUGGUUAAUAGAGAGCACCGACGUUGAAGAAAAGCGCUUCUCCUUCAACCAUAUUUGCAACUUGAUCUGGCUUUCCUUCACCACCCUCUUCCCAUUCACGGUGACUAGGGAUAGAGAGAGUCAUGCAGUUAGUAGAAGGCCUAGGCCCACAUGAAUCUAAACUUCAUCCAACAUGUAAAUGGAAAGAGGAAUUGAACCUGACCCAUUAAAAUCUGAGGCCGGAUACUUUGUUUGCACAAACAAGAGUUUCAUGUUUAUUGUAAUGUGAUUGGGUCAUAUCAUAGUAGACUCCAUUUAAUACAGCAGUGCUGACAACGUGGCCCA